AUGCGGCAACGCAACGGUUUCUAUGCCUUGGAUGUUGUCGACAAGCUGGAGGACACGACGAUGACCAAUAUUGAUGCGUACAUGACCAAGAAGAUUGCUGCGGGCAAGAACAAUGGCUGCACACUGGAGAGGGCGGGCGUGCGGAGGGAGUGGGGCGACAUGACCGUCGAUCAGCGGGCCGAUUUCAUCAACGCCACGCUCUGCCUCAUGAAGGCGCCGUCCAAGGCACCCAAGGACCAGUUCCCAGGGGCUCGGAGCCGGUUCGACGAUUUCAUGGCAUACCACCUGACGAACGCCGGAUCCCUGCACGACACGAUUGGCUUGUUCCCUGCUCACAAGUACUUCCUCCUUGCGUACGAGAAUGCUCUUCGUAACGAGUGUGGCUACAAGGGGUACCACCCGUACAUGAACUACGACCGCUACACCAAGGAUCCCACGAAAUCGGCCCUGUUCAACGGCAAUGCGACGAGUAUGGGUGGCAACGGCGCGCCAGAUCCCAAGUACACCGGUCUUCGCACCAGCGGCGGCCUGAUCAAGUCUGGCGGCGGAGGGGGAUGCGUCACGGAUGGUCCUUUCAAAGACUACAAGGCCUCCGUCGGCCCGGGUUCGCCAGUGAUGGACAACGUACCCAAGAACCCCCUGUCGAGCGGCGGCGGGUACAACCCGCGGUGCAUGCGGCGAGACGUCAACGUCAACGCGGCGCUCGGCGCGACGGCAGACCGGUCGUACAACCUCAUCACCAAGUCCAAGAACAUCAACGACUUCUACAACACGCUGCUGACGCCGGCGCGGAACAACAGCGACGCCUACAACUGGGGCAUCCACACCUCGGGCCACUACAUCGCCGGCGGCGAUCCUGGAGGCGACCCCAUGGUCUCGCCCGGCGACCCCAUCUUCUACUUCCACCACGCCAUGCUGGACCGCCUGUGGUGGAUCUGGCAGAUGCAGGACCCCGAAAACCGCAUCAACGCCCAGGUAAACCUCGGCGGCGCGAGCCUGGACAGGAAAAUUGAUCUCAAGUGGCUCGCAACCGAUGUGAUUCCCGUCCUCGAAGCGCACGACGGGUUGGGAGGCUACGGAGGGGCGUUCUGCCACGUGUAUGUUUAG